GUUAGUUAACGGUGUACGCGGCAAAUCGCUCGGUUGUAGCGCAAAAAAAAAGAAAGAAAAGCAAAACAAAUAGAAAAGAAGAAAAAAAAUAAAAUACAAUUUUUAUUUUUUUUUUUUUUUGUAAAGAAGAUUUAAUAAAAAUUGUUAAAAUUUUGAAAUGAUUUUAAAUUUUUGUAACUCCUGUGUUUGAAACGUAAUUAAUUUGACUUCCUUGGCAAGGUAAUUUUCGUCACAAAUGAUUAAAGAUUAUUGAAAUAAAAAUUUUAAUUUAAAUAAAUGGUUCUUGUGCAGUAAAACUUUCAAUAUUUUCAUUAAAAUCAAGCAGUUAGCAAAAAAAAUUGCACAUAUUUAUGUACACAUUUCUAUGUAUGUAUGAAUGUGUAUUGAUAUUGUGUCAAAAAAAUUCAUAGCAAAGUGAAAUAAAGGUGAUAAUUAUGUUAAAAUAAUCGUAUGAUCUAGUAGAAAAACAAAAGAAAAUAAAAAGAGAAUAAUAAUGGUAUAAACUUACAUAAUAAUGUAAAUAAGUAUGUAUGUAUGUUUGUAUUAGCAAACAACGGUUUUUAUGGUGAUUAUAGAAGUGAAAAACGAAUUCAAAGAAAAAUGCUUGAAAAAGAAAUUUGAAAUGCUAAAAAAAUUGUACAAAAAAUAAUUAAUCACAAAUUUUGAUUCGAUUUUUUUAAUUAAAAAAAAAAAUAUUUUAAGAAUCAGUCUGAAGUGAUUUCCGAAAAUUAACUCAAAGAUAUAUUUGUGUUUGUAUGUUUUAUAAUAAGUUUACUUGGUUUGUGAUAUUUAUCUGAGGAGCAAAAAAGAAAACAAAAACAAAAAAAAUUCAUAACUACUUUUUUUUUGGCAUUCAUUAAACCGUGAUUUCAUGGUUAUGACUCAAGUCGAAAAUAAAAAUUUUUAAUCUUAACUUUUGUUUUUAUACUAAGGAAAUAAAAUUAAAAAAAAAGUGUGCUAUUUAAAAAAAAUAAUAAAAGUUAGCAAAAGAUACAGAGAGAUUAAGAAUUAUUAAUCAUUGAACGGAAACGUAAUUAUAACAGAUUGUAUAACAAUAACUAUAAUUGUAUAACAAUAAAAAAUAAAUCCGUUCAUUUUUUGUUUUAUUUAAUUUUUUUUUUUUUUUGUUUACUAAUUAUCAUACUUAGUCAUUAUACUUACAUUUUGGAAAAAACGAAAAGAAGUUUUAAAGUUUUAUAAUUAAUACACAACAUAAUUUAUUUCAUCAGUAAAAGGAAAUAUAUAUAUGAAGUGUGAAAUCUAUUCUAAAAGAUAACAUAACGCUGCCAUCACAAAUAAUAACAAUGGAACCAUAUCGAUUAUUGCAAAACUUUAUUUUUAUUAUAAUCUUAAACAGUAUACCAUUAGGCAGUUCACAAGAUUGGUGUCCAUCAGAUUGCACCUGCACAGUAAUACCUAGAACAAAUCAAAAUCAUGCAAAAUGUACCAGUUUAAACGGUCUCCUAGAAUCUAAAAAUCUUCCAAUACAUUCAUUAGAUUUAUCUCAUGCAAAUUUAACAAAAAUUAAUCAUCUUGAUAAGCUUCGAGCACUAACAACCAUUGAUUUAUCAUAUAAUAAAUUAUCAGAUAUCGGACAUUUGGGACCACGAGUAAAACAUAUUAAUUUAAAGCAUAAUAAAAUUACAUCAGCAAAAUUAGUCAAUAUUCCUGGAACUGUUGUAGAUUUAGAUGUUAGCUUUAAUGAAAUUACAUAUUUGCCAUUAGAGUUAUCAAAAUUAAAUCUAACAAAAAUUGAACUAUUUGGUAAUAAACUUAAUUGUACAUGUGAUACAUUGGAAGUUCGAAACCAUUUAGUAAAAAAUAGCGUUUUCACAUCAUAUCCUGUAAAAUGCACACAUCCAAUCGAAUUAAAGGGCACUUUGUGGUUGCAAAUUAAACAAGACUUAUAUUGUAAGAAAGAAACAGAUAAAGAUGACGAAAAUGUAGAUGAAAUGAAAAAAAUCAAUGAUGAUAACGAAAACGAAUUAAUGCUGGGCGAUGCACCUAUUACUGACGGAUCUGAAGAGAAAGAUAAAGAUGAAGAAUUGGGAAAAGAUUAUAUGCCAAUAAAUACAAAUACCGAUGAGGUUAUUGACGAAAAUGUUGAAGGAUCUGGUUUAUCACAUUUACCUAUGCAGAAUGAACAUGAUAAAGAUCAAGAAUCUUCAACAGCUACAGAAAAUAAAUCGAACGAAGUAAUUGAUCCAAUGGAUGAAGAAAAUGAUGAGGAUGGUUCUGGUAGUGGUAUGGGAAUUUCUCAUAUUCCAUUAAUCGAAAACACUUCGGAUGAAUCGAAUGUAAAUAGUACAGAAUUAUCUGAAGUUGAUGAUGUGACUUUUGUCGAAACUGAAAAAUCAGAUUCGGAAGAGUCCACUCCAAUUCCUGUACCAACUGAUGAUUUCUUUUCUACAGAAAAUACAUCAUUAAGUUUUGGCUUAGGAAUAUUUGGAAGUGGCAAAAGUGAAGAAACGAGUGAAACAAUUACACAAGAAGAUACGACUGAAGAGGAAGAAGUUACAGAAGAACCGAUUAUUCCUGAUUUGGUAUCAGUUCUGGAAAAUGAAAACAAUGAUGAUGAUAAUGUUGAUGUUCUUUUACCUGCUGAAACAGAUUCCCACAAAGAUGAUAUGAUUCAGGCUGAUAUCGAUAAAGCUGAGGCUGGUGAAAGUAAUAGCACUUACAUUCUUUUAGGUACAGUUCUCAUAAUAUUGAUUUGUCUCCUAAUGUACGUUGGUUUGAAAAAGAUGAUUACCAAACGUAAGCGUAAUGAACGUGAUGCAGAACGUGCUUCAGAAUUAGUUGACAUGGAUAAGAAAAAUUUGGGAAAACCUUUACAAAAGAAUGGACAUGAACAGAAACCAUUAAUAACUAAUGAUAAUUCUAAACCAACUACAAAUGGUAAAAAACCAGGUUAUUCAGAUAGUGACCCAAAAACACAAGAACCAUUACUUAAUGGUCAUCGAAAAGAUCCACACGAUGAUGAGUCAAAUAAUAAUUUAACAAAACCACAAGAACAAUCCAAUAAUAUUCCAGUUCCAGAACCAAGGCAAAGUCUACAACAGCAAUCACCACAACAAACAAGCCCACCAAAGGUUCAUAGUCCACGCUUUGGUAGCUAUCCACCGCCAAAAUCCCCCAGAUCACCAACUAGUGGUGAUACGAGUGACAGUAAAAGUCCUUCAUCGCCAAAGACUGGUCGUUAUAGCCCCGUUUAUUCACCAGAAACUGGUAAAGUAAAAAUAAAAUUAACUGAAGUACCAAAACCUAAAACACCAAUGCUAGUAACAAGAAGUCGUUCAAAUGCUGGUGAUAUUGUUACAACACCAACAUCAGAUGUUGUUGAUAGUGGGGUAAAAAGUAACGAAAAUAAAUAAAUUCUAAUAAUUUAAACAUUAUUUUUUUUGUUAUGUCUUUUUAUAUAAUUGUAAAAUUAGAAUAAAAACCAGAAAGUCACUUUUA